AUGGAGUCCUGUGAGUGGCCGCAUUACAAAAGGCACGUUCUGGACAUUUAUAUCAAGCAGCUCGAACUGGAGGUUGAAAAGAAAACACUAGUUAACUUUGUGUGGAAGUCAGAGAGGGAAAAUUACACAUCGCUAAACGUUUUGCUGCAUCCAGGCUUGAGUGCGCACACAAUAGAUCAGAAGUUGACGUUACACCACUCUUUCAAGUCAAAUUCAUCGUCGCUGACACAGCUCAAGCUGUACGAUGUAACGAGUGGUUCGAAUGAAAGAUUGUUGGCUGACUGCGAUGUUGACCUGAAGAAGCUGAUGAAUGUUACGAACCCUGUGAAGUUUAAGCUGAUAAACGAGUUCAACGAUGUCAUUCCGAUUCACACAUACGUCACAACGUCGACCAGGGUUAUGCCUACGAAGCCAUACAAAUCAGCUAAAUCAGCUGGAACACCAAACGCAGCCUUAUACCAGAAAAAUGGCGAGGAGGUACCAAUGAGUAAGUCAUUGUUAGGAAACACGAUGAAUUACGUAAACGAAAAUAUACAAGGAUUGAACAUUGACGAGUCGGACAUUUAUAAUCAGAUAAGUAAAAUGUCGUUGAAGCUUUCUAACAUUGAGAAGGAAAUCAUGAAGAAGACGAUUAAACUUAACGAAAUUAAUAAGGAAAACGUGUCGGAAAUGACUAAAAUUAAGGCAAGGCUGGAAAAGGAUUUAAUGAAAAAGGACUUGCAGAUUAAAAUACUGAUAACGCAGUUGGACGAAUUGCACACUGCACUGGCACUGUCACACCAAAGAGAGUUGGAGCUUAGUAACAGAGUGGAAUUUGGGUUAUAUAGAGAAAAUACGUUUACGAACAACAAUCCUUUAGACACCAAUGACGAUUUUAAGAAGUUUUUGUACAAGUCGGACGAGACUUUUGAGAACAUGGAUAACACUUUUACGGGACGCAACAAGAACUACCUGGAUGAGCUUGAGACGAACAUUAACGACCUGCAAAGAUUUAAACAGGACUUUGAAACGCUGAAUGACCCGGGAGUUAAGAUAAACAAGUGCAAAGAGAUCAUUCACAACCUGGAAAGGAUAAGAAAGCUGCCAAGGUCGUCGACAAGUUCAGUAUCGAGUUCGUCAGAGCACUCGAGUCGGUACAAAAAUAGGCCAAGUCCACCAUUGAGGAACGUAACACACAUCGUUGAAGGAAGCGUGAGAGAUGAAAGAGCAGUUGGCACAAAUGCUAGGCUGGUCAAGAGAACAAUUCCAGUGCACGGGGAUAGAAUUCCAAUGACAAACAGAGGACCGGUGGAGACAAUCAGUAAGACGUCACUUUUGGACAAUAAUAUCAAUAUUAGCAGAGUAAGUGUAGAGAUACUGAGCUUUAACGUGCUCCAGGUGCCGAAGCUUAUCGAAAGCAGGGAAAAGUCGAAUCGAAUAUACGGAGGAGGAGUGUUUAUACCGACGAAAUUCGAAAGCGCAUCGCACGCAACCAUAAACGGGCUGGAAAGGGAACUGGUGGACACAAAGGUGAGGCUGGCUGACAGUGAAACCAUAAAGGAAGUGUACUUCAGCCAGCUGCUGCCGAAUCCGCCGAAAAUAAUAGCAUAA